AUGACUACGACGACCGCUCACCAGACGACCAGCUGCAUGACCCGAGAGGACCGCGGCCUGACACUAACCGCAACCCUCGUCAACCUCGACGAGCACACUGGCCCAAACGAGAAGCACCUCACAUCAGACUCGUCGUAUCUUGUUGGUCGGGGUAAUGGACAUCGUGCAGCUUCCGGAUUGCGCCCAGUCAGCUGCAGACUCUUCAUUUCAAGAUAUCGAGCAUUCCGAUACUUCUCCCACUACGAAUCCCUCAACAGAGACACCCAGGAGAUCCGCAUCCUGACGCUCCUGCCUGGUGAUGAAGACGAAGAUGUGAUCACUUGCAGCCUGGCGAAAGUAUCUUUAUCAGCUGCCAACCACUUCUAUGCGCUCUCUUACUGUUGGGGCUCUCCAGGAGAGACAGCCGAGAUUAUGGUCAAUGGUGAACGUGUCCAUAUCCGCAAGAACCUCUGGAACUUCCUAUGGAACCUCCGAAAGCUGUUUGUCGGGCCUAUCAGAGUCUGGGUAGACUUUUUGUGCAUCAACCAACACGACAUUUUGGAACGCAACUUUGAGGUCGGUGUGAUGGGCGAAAUCUACGCAUCUGCCGACAGAGUCAUCGCGUGGCUCGGUGAUUCCAGCCCAGAGUCCGAGGAGGCCCUCAAUUAUCUCGAAGAGGUCUCCCGUCUGCCGCAGCAGCGACGCGAGAAAAUGGCCAUUGGGUGCAAUGACAAGACUCCAACGCGUGCCCUCAAGCAUCUGAUCUCAAGACCUUACUGGAGCCGACUGUGGAUCAUCCAGGAGGUCCUUUUGGCCAAAGAUGCCCUCAUUAUGGUUGGCGCAAGAUUCACCGGUUGGAGGACUCUGCACUCCGCGACUCGAUACAUGAUAUUCAAGACCGAACUUCACCCUAAUGAGGAAAGGCAGCCAUACCGCGACCAUCAAAGCCGAUUUGCCAUGAUCCUCGGGACAGAAUCUAUGGACUUCUCGCUUUAG